AUGGCUGAACCAAACAUGCAAAUGUCACUUUCAGGUUCAUCAAGUGACUCCGACCAAGAAACACCUUACACCACCACAACCCCCCAACCACCAACCACCAUGGUCGGUGGUUCAUCUUACCAACAAACACCUCCUUCAGCCAAUUCACCAAACCGACAACCCAUUUCACCACCAUACAAGAAGCCACGUGGCAGACCACCAGGUUCAAAAAACAAACCAAAACCACCAUUAGUAAUAACACAAGACAAUGAACAAGCCAUGAAACCAGUAGUUAUUGAAGUAGCUGCUGGUACUGAUGUUCUUGAAGCUGUUAUACAAUUUGCUGUUCGUUCUGCUUCAUGUUUAACUGUUCUUAGUGGUUCUGGUACAAUUGCUGUUGCUACUCUUCAUUACCCUCUUUGUCGUUCCCCUGCUUUUACUCUUCAUGGUCCUUUUUCAUUGAUGAGUUUGACUGGUACUUUUUUGUAUCCUCCGCCGCCACCGCCGCCACCUCCUCCUGUUUCUCUUUCUCUUCCUAUUGGUCCUUCUGGAAACCCUAAUCCUGUUGAAUUGAUGCCGGGGGGUAUGAGUUUUGGGAUUACUCUUGCUGGUUUGCAAGGACAAGUUUUUGGUGGGAUUAUUGGUGGAAAAGUUAUUGCUGGUGGUGAUGGUGUUAAGAUUACUGUUUCUUUGUUUAAGAAUCCUGAAUUUCAUAGAGCUGGUGGUGUUAUUCUUGGAGCUGAUGAUGAUGAUGAGGAAGAUGAUGCUGGUGGUGGUGAUGAUAACAAUGGUAAUGGAAAUGGUGGAAAUAAUGGUGGUGGUGAUCAAGGUGCUAGUGGUAGUGGUGGUGCUGGUGGAAGUGAUCAGAAUGUGUCUAGUUUCGGGGCACAUAAUCCAAUGCCUCUGAAUUUAGCACAUUCUGAUCAAAACUUCGUACCGUGGAACCAUCCUUAA